AUGGCUGCCCCGCCCCCUGCCCCUGAUGCCUGCAAUGUCCCUGCCUCUGGCCCCGUGCUUCCCCGCACCCUGCCCCUGUACCGCCACACCCAGCUCUGCGUGCACACCGCCCCCAACCCUUGCGCCCCCCACCACCUGCCCCGCAGCCCCGCACACCGCUGCCCCAGCCCUGCCCGCUUGUGGCCGCCCGCCAACACCCUGCCCCCCACCCUGCCCCUGUGCUCACACCUGCACCGGCUACCCCGGCAACACCUGCCCGUGGCCCCCACCUGCCCCCGAGCAUGGCCCACCUGCUCUCAUGUCCCCCACCCCAAUGCCUGCUACUUUGUGGACCGGGGUGCUGCCGCACGGAAACCCAACUAUGAAAGGUACGUGGACCCGCCCUCUUGGGGGCCUCAGGCCUCACCUCCAGCCAUCCUUUUCCGGGCCAGUAGUAUCGGAUCUGGAGGUGUCGGCGCCCUCCUUGCCCCCCAAAGCGGAGAGGCCCAGGGGCUGGGCGGGCACCAGGCAAGGCUCUGCACCUGGCGAAGGCCAGUAGCCCAGGGUCCACUAACAGGGCCCCAGCAACCCCCGCGUGCAGGAGGCAGGCUUGGGGAAGGCAGCCUGGCCGGCAAGCUGCUCUGUGAAUGCUGGCAGGUGCGACCAGCACCUGUCAAUGCCCGUCCUGUGGAGGCCACGUGGCUGUGGCGACACAGUGGGGGUGUUCUGUCCAUGGCCAGGAAGCAGCCCACGGGAGACGAGAGGCAGCAGGCAUGCCGCUGCAGGUGCUGGGCUGUGGUCUUCCCAGAGUUGCUAGAGACUCCUUGGGGCCAAGUGGGCCCCAGAGCCUGGGAAGGCCCCACUGAGCCCCACCAGGAGAGCGUGGACCGCUGGAUGUCAGAGCCCUGCCUCGGAGCGCAGGAGUCUGCCGUGGGAGCUGCCCGCAGCCGCCGCCACUUGUUGCAUUUAUCGCAGCCGCGCUGGGACCCUCACCAGGAGGACCUGGGCCAGAGCAGCCCCUUGGGCAAGCCACCUUCCCCAGCAGCCUCCACGUUGUCUGGGCCGUCACCAUGGGGGAUGCCAGGAGAGAGUGAGAGGCAAGAGGUGGCCGAGACGGCGUGUGCUGGCUUCUCUCCUGGAACAUGCUGCUUCCACACGGUAGUGCCAGUGGCUCGGUGCAGCAGGACCCACAGGGCCUUUAGGUACGGGAGGCGUCCACUUGGGCAGGGAGGCUUCCCUCGCGCCGGCUGUCCCCACGCUGCCCCAUCCCCAGCAAGCUCUGGUCUGCGACGUCCACCUGAUGUGGCGCCCGUCAACAGGUGCUGGACACAGUGUCUCUCCCUUGUCUCGACAGAUGUCAAGAAUACGAACACGUGGCUGCUGUUCCUUCCCCUGUUCCCGGUGCAGGUGCAGACCCUGAUAGUCGUGAUCAUCGGGAUGGUCGUGCUCCUGCUGGACCUGCUUGGCUUGGUGCAGCUGGGCCAGCUGCUCAUCUUCCACAUCUACCUGAAGGCCAAGAAGCUGACCACCUUUGAGUAUCUCAUUAAGACCCGCAAAGAAGAGAGUUCAAAACACCAAGUGGCGAGGAAAGAUCCAUGCGCGCAAAUAGAGGACGGAUUUCUCCAGCAAGGAGACGGCGCCCUGGGCUCAUCUGCACAGGGAGACAAGGCCAAGAAUUCUCUGCUGACGUUUAAGUGCCUGUAUCACCACUCCACUCCCUUACCCUCGGACAAGAGCUCGUCGGAACAGGAAGCCGAUGAUGAACCGAGUCCAUCUUCACUGGGAGCCAAGGUCAAGAGCUUUCUGCUGAUUUACAAGAGCCCAUGUCACUUCUGCACUUCAGUAAACCCGGACGGGGACUCGUCGGCAAAGGUGAGUUGAGCGUUCUGCAGCAGGAGGGUAACGACAUGCCAAACACACAGCUCAGCACCACGUG